AACCCUCCUCCACACUUAUCAAAUAGGCUAGUUUCUGAGUCGAAUUUAUCCAGACUUUUUAUUUGAUUACACAUCGGUCUGUAAUCACAAACCAGUAAAUCAUUCAUAGUAAGAAACGCCGUAUAUUGUUUCAUUUAAAUGUGGAUUAUAUAAAUAGAGCUCUUCACGAAGGAGGACGAGGGAUCGAGGGACGCCGCCAUAUUUGCUCUUGCUAGCUAGUGCACUACAAGAUACGGGCUUUGUUUCGAGUACCCUUCAAUUUAGUACCCUUGUAUUUGUUAAUGAUGGAUGCGAUGGAUAAAAGACCUUUUGGUGCAGAAUAUAACUAUAAAAUGUCGGAAAAUGACAUAUCCAGAUUGAUAAAAUUGCGUGCAACGAAUGACGCCAUCUUCACUGGGAAGAGAAACUCUGCCAUGCCUGCCUGGAGAGCAAUGUUAGUAGAGUUGGGUCUCGAAGGAAAGCUUACAACCGGGCAAUUGAAAAAGAAGUGGGAAAACCUUAAAAAGAAAUAUAAGGAUUUUAAGUACCCUCCUCUUGGCAUGGAGAAAGUCAAUCCAAUGUCCUGGCGUUGGUUUCACCUCAUGGACGAUGCCAUCGAGGGCCGCCUAGCUGGGUCUGCCCGUAUCCUAAACCCUUCACUGUUUGAUUUUGGGGAAGUUGGGGACGUUUCAUUUGCGUCCUCUCCCACUACCUCUCCCAUAGCCAACAAGAGACUAUGUAUGAGGCCGGAGGGAGGUGAGGGAACAAACAUUUUUGAGUUCUGGGCCAAGGCACAGCUGGGGGAGAGUGUUGGUGCUGCGAGCACGGUAGCAGAUGGACAGGUGGCAUACACAGAUGCAGCUACAGAGGAGAUCCGGAGGGCAGCGGUGGAGUGCGAGAGGGCCCUGCGAGAGGAGGGCAGGGGUGCAGCUCAGAAUGAGAGGGCCGCGCCUGACAAGAUGCCAGUGGGUGUGUACGGGAGGACCAUGGCUGAGGAUGUAGAGACCAUAGCUGAAGACGGAAGAGCCAUGUUGGUGAGAAACCCUGGCAGGAACAUUGAGAGGGAGACUGCUGAACUAGAGAGGCAGAUAGCAGAUUUGGAGAAGGAGCGAGAAGUGUUAGAGAGGGAGCAGGCAGACUUUGACAGGGAGAGGUUGAUACUGGACAGAGAGAGGGAUGUGGUGAACAGAGAGAGGGUGGCUGUUGAACGAGGCAGAGCUUCACUAGACAAGGACAGAGCAGCGAUGGACAGGGAGCGAGCAGCAAUGGAACGGGAGCGAGCCAUACUGGACAGGGAUAGGGCGUCAAUCGAGAGAGAGAGGGCAGAGCUGCAGAAAGAAAAGGAAGCCCUAAUGAAAAGCAAGAUUUCCAGGAACAACGGCUCCACUGAUGUGGAACUGGACUCAUCCACUGUAGAAAAAAGAGAGAAACUGCUUUCCAUAUUUGAGAGACUUGUUGAUAAGCUGUGAAAGAUGAACCAUAAGUAAAAGUUGAAUAGGUGAAGGAUGUUGUGUGAGAGUGCACACAAGUCAUAAACAGGUUUCUAUGUCACCAGUCCCCUAUCAUUUUGUGAUCAUUUUAGGUUAACCUGCACACACAGGGAGUGCAAAGUCAUUCAAUUGGUGCUGGCUGUAAUGAGCAUUGAGUGCGUCUGUGUGAGGUUGCACCCUGAAAGAGAAGCUGCUACAAUGUUCAUGUUGCGCUCAUUUCAUUUUUUUGCUUGCAGUGCGUAUGUAUAAAUAUCAGUCAAGUUUGGACACACCUACUCAUUCAAGGGUUUUUCUUAUUUUUUUUAUUUUCUACAUUGUAGAAUAUA